GCUGUAUAGAAUUUUUUCCAUAAUUAGGGUUCCGUAAAGUGAUGUAUUGCACCCGUCAACUCUGACUGUCAAGUCGAUUUUCCAGGUGUAAGAAUAAGAGGUCAAAGCUGUGCACCGUAGCGAGGCCAUUCGCACUACAAAUAGGACCGACCCGAAAUCGGCCAUGGUCUGCAACGUUUCCAAGUUACUCCGCUAUCCUGACUUCUACUCUCAGAGCGAAAUAACAACUAUGCGUCUAUGCGCGCUACGAACUUGGAUGUUAUCUGUCCUCGCUCUACAUUGGGCUACGUUUUGGGCCCUCGCCGCUCCGGCGUCUUCGAUCACGAAUAUGACAACAAUCAACGCCACACACUCCGCGCUCACGAUCGACAGCUCACCGCUGGGACGAGUCAAGGAGACGCUGCAGAAGGAGAAGCUGGCCGCCGCUCUUUGUGAUACUGCGCCAGCCACAAGCCCGAGUCGCUGCGCCGCGAUGACCCCCAGCACUUCCGGAGGACUCUCGAAACGAACGGUGUUCGUGAUGGCCGCAGCGCUUCUCCUGUUUAUAUCCAUCGUCACCGCCUGCAUCGCACUCGGUGUAAACCCACGCCCCAUGCGCGCCCAUCAGCCUAUGCAGCAUCCACACGUGCAGCCAGUCGCUGGGCAUCCUCCACAGGUUUCACACGCACCGAUACCUCUGGCCGUCAUCUCGAAUCGCCCCGCACAUGCCACGGUCGGGUUCGGCUGCUCUGUGCGGCAGUAGCGUCGAGGAUGCAGGCUGCUUGGCACUGAUCGAGAGCCCAGCCACUUCGAGCCUGAUCCACGUUUUUUCAAUGAGUUUAGAUGUUGUACAAGGCUUUCAUAUUGCUCUAGUCAAUGCUAUCUGUUGCUUCCGUCGAGCGUACGAUUCAUACGGCCGUAUUUUCCCGGCCUCGCAGCAGCAACCGGAUCGCCCCAUGCAAUGCCACGCGACCGUGCAUUCGAAUCGAUUCGCCAGAUCACGCCCACAGUCGCCCUUCCGACCGAAAACCUGGUAAGAAUUGAGAGUCGGUAUCGGAUGGAGAGCCGCGCAUGACUGUGCAGAGCGUGCCAGAUAUUGACCAGGCGCGGCGAUAAAGAGGAGGCGCGAGUCAGUCGGUCGCACUUUGAUGAGCGCUGUUGUCUAGAGUGCGCGUCCCAGAUCCAGGGGAGGCGUAGUUCCAGACGAUUCCGAAAGAGAAUGUGACAAGGGGUUGCUUGUGAACCUCGGAAGUGCGGGCAAAGAUCCAGCAACCUAUGUCCAAAGUGGCGCGUUGGCCUCGAAGACUCGCGGGCCAGGCGCCUCCACGGGAUGAAGCUUUGAAGGCUCAUUCCGACAUUGCAGCAAGUAUGCACGCUGCAGCAGCUGUCGUGUGGUAGUGGAGCAAAUGAGUCACCCCGAGGGUGGUGGAAGUAUGGGAGGAUCCAC